AUGGCAUCACCAAACAACGCAAUCAAGAUCCCUGGGACAGUCCAACUCGUUGACACACAUGGCACUCUUGAUACCGACCACGAAAAUGGAGAAUCAACCAUCGUGCUUAUUCCACAACCGAGUGGCGACCCCAAAGAUCCUCUCUCAUGGACGCAAAAUCGCAAAACUCUCAACAUCUUCUGCGUGAUGAUAUGGUGUUUCUUCGCAGCCGCCAUUAUCUCUGGUUUAUCGCCCGCUUAUCUCCAAAUCGAAAAGGACACGGGAAUAUCGGUGGCUGACCUGAGCACCGGCAACGGCUUAUUGUAUCUUUUCCUCGGAUGGGGAACUCUCAUCACGCAGAACUUUGCCCUCAAACAUGGCAGACGCCCGACUCUCUUUUUUUCCAUAUUACUAGCUACCUUUGUUAACCUGUGGUCCGCAUACAUUCACUCCCGCACCGAGUUCUUUAUCAACAGAAUCAUGUUGGGCAUCGUCUCUUCGCCCAUGGAGACUCUAAUCGAGGUGGUCAUUGACGACCUUUUCUUCGUACACCAGAGGGGAUUCUACAUGGGCAUCUAUAGUUGGACCCUGUGGUGCGGUGCUCUGCUUUGCCCAGUUGCCUCUGGGUUCGUCGCAGAGAACUUAGGUUGGCGAUGGAUCCAGUACAUUUUAUCUAUUCUGGGCGGCUGUGUUACUAUCUCGACCUUUCUGUUAUUUGAAGAGACUAUGUUCCACAGAACCGGUGUUGACACAGAUGUCAUCGAAUCUGUCGAGCUCCGGAGUGGCAUCGCUGAAACUGCCAAUCAGGUUCUUGAUAACGAUCAAUCGAGUCAAAAAAAGGGGUGUUCGACGCAACAAAUUGGUAACGAUAAUAUCACCAAUGCUGAUUCUGGAGUAAGUAUCAACAUAUCCUAUUCGAAUCAUACUCCCGUCAACAGUGGAAUUCUCUUGUCAAAGCUUAAGCUAUGGGGUCAUGAGGGCCAACAGAAGAGGAGCAUGUUCAAACAUGCUCUUGUUCCUUUUCUGCUCCUCCGCUUUCCAACUGUAUUGUUCUCGGGCGUUCUUGUCGGCGGUAUUCUGUCAUGGUACAAUGUCGUGGGCGGCUCUUUGGCACUCAUUCUUGGCAAUCCUCCUUACAACUUCAGUUCGAACGUCGUCGGCCUGUUUUACCUCGCUUCAGUUAUUGGGGUUUCAAUUGGCUGCGUCAUAUCUGGAUGGGCCAGUGACAGAUUGCCCAUCACGAUGUCUCGCAGGCAUGGCGGCGUCAUGGAGCCGGAAUAUCGUCUUUGGUUAUGUGCUAUAGCAAUUGUGGCACAUCCUGUCGGAUGUAUUCUUUACGGCGUUGGAGCAUCGUACGAAAUUCAUUGGAUCGGAAUUGCAUUCGGUUUCGGAUUCAUAUCCAUUACCCUUCCUUUAGGAACGAGCCUGGCAUUCACAUACAUCCUCGACAGCUUCAAGGAGUUCGCCGGGGAAGGUUUCGUAUCGGUCAUCUUGAUUCGUAACUCAAUGGGUUUUGCAUUUAGUUACGCCGUCGUACCGAUGAUCAACAAUAUUGGACUUCGUAGUAGCUUUAUUUUAACCGCUGUUCUUGGGUUCGCGUUGUGGGCUUUGGGCUUGAGCUUCAUUUAUUUUGGGAAAUCGUUCAGAAGACGAGCGGCCGAGCCAUAUUGGAAAAUGGUCGAAAAGCAUAGCGUCUCUCUGCACUAG